AUGCCACAAGCUGUAACCGCCUGCGUAUUGAUCAUAGGCAACGAAAUCCUGUCUGGCCGAACACAAGACGUGAACUUGAACCAUCUGGCUACAACCCUUGGUGAAUGGGGCGUUCAGGUCAAGCAUGCCCGGGUAAUUCCUGACGACGUUGAUACGAUCGUUGACACCGUCAACGAAACCCGCGCGCAGUUCGAUUACGUCUUCACCACCGGUGGUAUUGGGCCCACACACGACGACAUCACCGCGCAAUGUAUCGCCAAAGCCUUUGACGUACCGCUGAUCCAGCAUCCAGACAUCGAAGCGAGGAUUCGCCAGCGCCCUGCUCCCGAUGACAUCAUGGCCAGCCGUCUGCUGAUGGCUCGAGUGCCCACCGGCGCCAGCCUCAUAGAUAACCCGACAGGCGGCCCACAGGGUUUUUACAUCGGCAAUGUGUACGUGAUGGCCGGCAUUCCGAUGAUCAUGCAGGGCAUGUUAUCCAGUCUGAAAGGCGCGCUGCGCAGCGGUCCUGUCGUGCGUUCACGCUCCAUACGGGCUUACAUGGGCGAGAGCCAGAUCGCACAGGCAUUGGGUGAAAUUCAGGAUAAAUUCCCGGAGGUCGAUGUCGGCAGCUACCCGUUUUUUCGCGAAUCACGUUACGGCACCAAUCUGGUUAUUCGCGGCACCGACCCGGCAACCAUUGAAGCGACUGCCCAGGCGAUCAUGGCUGCUGUGACUGCGGCCGGCGAAACCCCCGAAGAUCUCGGCGAGGAAUAA